AUGGAAGCUCUUCGAGAAUUAAGGGUAAAGAAGGCCGAAGUCUUUAGGGAUUCAACUUUGGUUAUAACCCAAGCACAAAAGGUAUGGAAGGUGAAGGAGGAACACAUGAAGCCUUAUCAACAAUACUUGGAGGACUUGACCAAGACCUUCGAGAAGAUUGAGUACACAAUCAUCCCUAGAAUUCAAAAUCAAUUUGCGGAUGCCUUGGCUACCCUAGCCUUCAUGGUUGAAAUACCCAAGGGAGUAUGGACACGACCCUUGGAAAUUGAACAAAGUUAUGAGGAAGUGCACAAAAGGAAGACCAAAGCUUUAGUAAUGACCGUAGAAGAAGAAGAAGUUCUGUGGUACUAUGACAUCAUGAAGUUCUUGGAACUAGGGGCAUAUCCAAAUGGUGCUGGCAGGAGAGAACAUCAUUCCAUUAGGAUGAUGGCAAUACAAUACAUCUUAUGUGGAGGACAACUCUAUAGAAGGUCCUACAAUGGUAUACACCUUCAUUGCUUGAAGAAGGAAGAAGCCAAAAGGGUAAUGGAAGAAGUUCAUCAAGGGAUUUGUGGUCCUCAUAUGAAUGGGAGAAUAUUAGCCAAGAAAAUCCUAAGGAUAGGAUACUAUUGGAAUACGAUGGAGACCAAUUGUGUGGACUAUGUGAAGAGUUGCCAUGAUUGUCAAACACACGCCAACUUGAACCAUGUAUCGCCUAAUGUGAUUAGAAGGAUAGCUCCUAAGGAUUUCACCAAGUGGGUGGAAGUAGCCUCCUACUCCGUAUUGAAGGCUAAGCAUGUGGCUUGGUUCUUAGAAAACAUCAUAUCUCAGUUUGGAGUGCUCCAAGAGAUCAUCUUUGAUAACAGUUCCCACUUUGAGGGCAAAGUUUGGAGAGUCAUGGAAGAAUAUAGCAUUGAGCAUCACAAGUCUUCACCAUAUCGACCACAAGCUAAUGGGGCUAUAGAAGUAACUAAUAAGAAUGUGAAGAACAUCCUAGCCAAGACAGUAGUGACAUACAAGGAUUGGGCCGAGAAGCUUCUUUUUGCCUAA